AUGAACAUCGACGAGGAUAAAAUCGAUGGGAUCGAGUUAGUCUCGAUCGAAAAUCAUCGUGGUGAUAGUAAUAGCAAUAGUAACAGUUUAAGUGAUGAUAAGAAAGAAAAGAAACGUACUAUAUAUGUGACAACUUCAUUGUCACAACAUCAAACAUCUGAUGAGACUAGAGCUCGUAUUCAGAAUGAAAUAUUAAGUAAUGCUGCAAUGAAUGGAGAGUAUGAUCCUGAAAUGGCUAUAGAGAUUGAAGAAGGUACAGUUCAAGAGACUGAAGUUAAAAGAGAAUUGAAAGAAAGACACACCAGUAUGAUUGCUCUUGGUGGUACUAUUGGUACAGGUUUAUUUAUUGGUAUAUCUUCCCCAUUACUGAAUGCUGGACCUGUAGGUGCAUUAAUUGGUUAUUUAUUCAUGGGGACAUUAGUUUAUGCCGUUACUCAAUCAUUGGGUGAAAUGGCGACAUUUAUCCCAGUGACAUCCUCAUUUACUGUUUUUACAGCUAGAUUCAUGAGUCCCGCAUUUGGUGCUGCAACAGGUUAUAUGUAUUGGUUUUCUUGGGCUGUUACAUUUGCGUUAGAAUUAAGUGUUGUUGGACAAAUUAUUGAUUUUUGGACUUUAGCUGUUCCUUUAGCUGCAUGGAUUAGUAUAUUUUGGGUUUUAUUAACUUGUAUGAAUUUAUUCCCAGUAAAAUUUUAUGGUGAAUUUGAAUUUUGGGUAGCUUCUAUUAAAGUUGUUGCCAUUAUUGGAUUCAUUAUAUACUGUCUAUGUAUGGUAUGUGGUGCGUCUAAAACGUUAGGUGGUGCGGUUGGUUUUAGGUAUUGGCGUAAUCCAGGUGCUUUUGGACCUGGUAUUAUUUCAAAGGAUUUAAACGAAGCUAAAUUUUUAGGUUGGUUUUCUUCUUUAAUUAAUGCUGCAUUUACUUAUCAAGGUACUGAGUUGGUUGGUGUUACCGCUGGGGAGACAGCUAAUCCAAGAAAAGCUGUUCCGCGUGCGAUUAAACAAGUUACAGCUCGUAUCCUUGUAUUUUACAUAUUAUCGUUAUUUUUUAUUGGUUUAUUAGUACCAUAUGAUGAUCCAAAAUUAACAUCAACAGAUUCAUAUAUUUCAUCAUCUCCAUUUAUUAUUGCGAUUGAAAAUUCAGGUACAAAAAUUUUACCACAUAUUUUCAAUGCUGUUAUUUUGACUACAAUUAUAUCUGCAGGUAAUUCAAAUAUUUAUGUUGGUUCUCGUAUCUUAUAUGGUCUAUCUAAAGAAAAACUAGCACCGAAAAUUUUUAGUAAAACCUCAAAAGGCGGUGUUCCUGUCUACGCGGUUUUUAUGACUGCAGCUUUUGGGGCUUUAGCUUAUAUGGAAACUUCAGCUGGUGGACAAAACGCGUUCAAUUGGCUUCUAAACAUUACUGCAGUAGCAGGUUUCUUUUCGUGGUUAUUUAUUUCUUUAGCCCAUAUUCGUUUCAUGAGGGCUCUACGUUACCGUAAUAUAUCACGAAAUGACCUUCCUUUCAAAGCAUCACUAAUGCCUGGGUUAGCGUAUUAUGCGACAUUUUUCAUGAUUCUGAUCAUUAUUCUUCAAGGCUUUACUGCAUUCGCACCUAAGUUUUCUACAUCUGAUUUUUUCGCAGCAUAUAUAUCCAUCUUCCUUUUCAUAGGCCUUUACAUUGUGUUCCAGCUCUACUUCCGCUCGCCUAUCCUUCUCCCGCUCCACCAACUGGACCUAGACUCAGGCAGAAGACACUUAGACGCACUCAUAUGGAAUCCCUCUUAG